AGAGGGAUCAUGUUUUCUGAUGCCAGCUGUUUCACUGCCUUUCUUCUCAAAAGCAUUUUCUGGAGAUUAAAAUUUUGGUACUUAUUAAUAUUUAACGACAGAAGAAAGGCUAAAGGCACAAGCGGACCCGAGACCUGCCCCCGGAUUCUCUGCCUGAAGGAGCCCGGAGCCGCACGGGGGAAACUCACAAACUCUCCCCAUCCCCACGGCGGCCCUGAAAUACCUGCGGACGCAGCCCAGCCAGACACAGGCGCUGCAAUGAUGCCCCGAGAGGAGGCUCCGCGGGAGGAGUACACGUACGACCACAUGCCGACGCUGGAGCGGUCCCGGCGCGGGGACAGUACCAGCUACACGGUGGACGUCAAGCCCAGCGACCUGCGGCGGAGCCCCAGCCUCCACCCCUGCCUGAGCUACAGGACCUGGCUCUACAGCGUCCUGAUCGGGGGCAGUCUCCUCAUCACAGCCGGCUUCUCUCUGUACCUGGGCAACGUCUUCCCUGUUGCCAUGGACUACCUGCGCUGUGCGGCCGGCUCUAGCAUCCCUGCGGCAGUGGUGAGCUUCGCCAUCGCGAAGAACCGGCAGGCCAUGGUGAGUGAGGCUCCAGCUCCUCCGUCUGCAGGGCAGAGCAUCACUAGCACAACAAGACACUACCGUGCUGACAAACACUCUGUUUCUCCACAGCCUGUGACCUCUGAGCCCCCUGUGGUUCUGAAACCCCUGUGCUUUCCCACCAGGCUGCUCAAGUCCUACUCUGUGAUCGAGGUGAUCGUGGGGAUAUCGGCGGUGUUUGGCGGGAUCAUUGCCCUCAACAUGGAUGCCCUCGUCCCAGGACCCUACCUCUCCGUCACCUUCUUCUGGAUCCUGGUGGCCUGCUUCCCCAGUGCCAUCGCCAGCCACGUGGUGGCAGAGUAUCCCAACAAGUGCCUGGUGGAGGUCCUGAUCGCGAUCAGCAGCGUGACGUCCCCCCUCCUGUUCUCGGCCUCGGGGUUCCUGUCCUGCAGCGUGCUGCGUUUUGUUAACAUCUUCCUGCACGAGAUUCCCGUGGCCAAGCAAUCCUAUGAUAUCCUGCUACUGAUCCUCAUGGUGCUGCUGCUGGUGCAGGCUGUGCUCACCCUGGCUACUGUCCUGCACUGCGUAUCCUUCAAGACCGAGCUCCGCCUGGGGAAGCCGGACUGGGGCAGCCCCUCCUACACGCAGCACUCCCCCCGGCCCAGUGAGCAACAGGUUUCCAAUGGUGCGGUGCGGGAGUUCGACAAGGACAAGGCCUGGAAGGCAGUGGUGGUGCAGAUGGCCCAGUGAGGAGAGAGAGGCCACAAGUGGGGGAAUGAAAGAGGAGAAGGAAGAGUCAGCUGUGGAGUGAAGAGGAAGAUGGGGACAGGCAGUGGAGGGACGUGGGAGGAGAGGGGAGAGGAAGGGCGGAAUAGUCAGAGAGGUCAAAUGGAAGAAGGAGGCGGAGAGGGGAAUGCAUGUGAAUGUCAGCCAUUGUGUUAAAUCCUUUUUUUCCUCCAGCAGCGUAGCCUUUGUUUCAAUUGCCUCCUUUUCGCCUAGUAUCCCCACCUGAAUGGCUGCAGUGUAACCAACCUGCAGAGCCAGUCUUCAGUCAGACUUGGCUGAAAAAGGAGUAAAUCUCCCAACCCGCGCGUUUCUGAUCACUCAUCAGCCCAGGCAUCCCUGCCGACUACUACGAGACGGGGCGUUGAAAAAAUGUACGCUUGAACGAUCCACUUGUAGAGACUCUCUUUAAAAAAGUCUAUACUAUAAUGCAUUCAAGUAGGACGCUGUCAAGCAUGAAUGAGAUGAUAAUGUAGACGUUUUCCUGCUUUCCUGUGCAGAAAAGGCUAUCUUAGGCUCAGACAACGGGACAGAGGGAUGUUGGUGAGAGGAAUCCUCCACUAUAAAGGCUCAGUCUUCAGUCUGCUCUAACAAUCAGCUAAAUGUGUACAAUCUCUAGGCAGAGACAUUCUAUAUCAGCUUAUUUGUGUAUAUCUAGUGAAGUGUCAAUUUUUGAUCUGUGUUUUUUACAGCAGUACAGGGCAGAGUCCUUGCUCUUUCAAUAAAGCAGAAUGUUUCUCAAA